AUCCGCUGGAGACCCAGAGCAGGAGUCGAGCGGUGUGUGCGGAAACUCGACCGACAGAGAGCGGCGUGCAGGAACAGCCAAGGACCGUCGACAGCCUCAACCACAGACACCGCCACUGACACGGAUUUAUCUCACACAACCGGCAUCAGUGCAGACGCUGACUCUUGAGAGAUCAAUCCGCUUCCUCCCGUUAUCUGCAGCAGUACCCUUGUGACAAUCGGCUGAUUGCGUUCUUUCAUCAUUCAGCCAACUGACCUGGAACCAGCCCAGGACGGCACAUUUCCUGAUGUCUGAAGAUUCAGACAUUCACUUCCCAAUUCUGGAGGACCAGGAUGGAGCCUUGGGGUGCAGAGCAUCCACCUCCUGCAGCUCCAUGCCAAGGGGGGCAUCGGGGUGCAGCUCGAUAGCACAGCUGCACCGGAUGGGAGGCUACAGCCAAGGCGGGACUGACCUUGGCCUCCCCUCAGAGGGCAGCGACAGCAGCGGCCAGGACCCUCCUGCCUCGCCACACAAACAUCGCAAGAGCACCCGCUCCCGCUCGCUUCCAGAGGAGGACGUGGAGAUGAAGAGCAGCGGGUCUAGUGGGAGUGGGACCGAAUCACAUGGCAACGAAAGCCACGGCAACGAGAGCCACGGCCACCAGUCGAUGGGCAGCUCCAGCAACAGCAAAGACUCGGCACUGCUGGAAUCUUCAGAGAGCAACAAGAGCUCUAACUCCCACAGUCCAUCUCCUCCCAGCAGUUCAAAUGCCUUCAGUCUCCUGAGCUCAGAGCAGGACAACCCGUCAACCAGUGGCUGCAGUAGUCAGGAGUCCGCCAAAGCCAAGACACAGAAGGAGCUGCUUAAAACCCUGAAGGAGCUGAAGCGUCACCUUCCUGCUGAGAAGAAAAACAAUAACAAGUCCUCUACAUUAAACACGCUCAAGUAUGCGCUGCGCUGUGUCAAACAGGUGGAAGCAAAUGAGGAAUAUUACCAGCUUCUGAUGAUCAAUGACAGUCAACCCUCAGGCGUGGACGUGUCUUCUUAUACGAUAGAGGAAAUUGACAGCAUUACCUCUGAAUACACCCUCAAAAACAAUGACAUUUUUGCAGUGGCAGUGUCUCUUAUCACAGGAAGGAUCGUCUACAUCUCUGAUCAGGCUGCCUCCAUCCUCAACUGCAAAAGAGAAGUGUUCAAAAACACCAAGUUUGUGGAGUUCCUGACACCGCAGGAUGUCAGCGUGUUCUACAGCUUCACCACGCCUUACCGGCUGCCCUCGUGGAGCGUGUGCACCGGAGCAGAGUCAUCCCCGCCUGACAGCAUGCAGGAGAAAUCCUUCUUCUGUCGUAUCGGCGGGGGUAAAGAAUGUCAGGGCGACAUGCAGUACUAUCCGUUCCGUAUGACGCCCUAUCUGAUGAAGGUUCAAGACACAUUCCAUGCUGAAGACCAGUUCUGCUGCCUCCUCCUGGCUGAGAGGGUUCUCUCUGGUUAUGAUGCACCCAGAAUUCCAACAGACAAGCGGAUCUUCACCACUACACACACUCCGAGUUGUGUGUUCCAGGAUGUGGAUGAGCGGGCCGUUCCUCUCCUUGGGUACCUUCCCCAGGACCUGAUUGGCACAUCAGUCCUCCUCCACCUGCAUCCCAAUGACAGACCGCUCAUGCUGGCCAUUCACAGAAAGAUCCUUCAGUUUGCAGGGCAGCCAUUUGACCACUCAUCAAUCCGGUUCUGUGCACGAAACGGAGAAUACAUCAUCCUAGACACCAGUUGGUCCAGUUUUGUCAACCCCUGGAGCCGCAAAGUCUCAUUUGUCAUUGGGAGACACAAAGUCCGCAUGGGCCCUGUGAAUGAAGAUGUUUUCGUGGCUCCCGUCUCCUCUGUGGGCGAGACGAAGACCAUGGACUCUGAAAUCCAGGAGAUUACAGAGCAGAUCCACCGCCUCCUGCUACAGCCGGUUCAUAACAGUGGGUCCAGUGGCUAUGGUAGUCUGAACAGCAAUGACCACCUGCUGGGAAUUUCCUCAACUGGUGAGAGCGUGAACAAGAGCAAAAUGCUGCGGGAGGAGGAGGAGCUGAGCAGCAAAGCCAGGCCUCGAACUUUUCAGGAAAUCUGUAAGGGUAUCCACCUUCAGAAGAGCCAGGAGCUGCAGACGACCAAACCAGAAAACAAGAAAAGCAAUGGCAUAGAGUCUGUACAGAAAAGCCCAGCGGUCGUGCGGCCCAAAGACUCGGCCGCCCCUCUCAACUGUAAGGAGGCUUGGUCUUCUAUAGAAGAGAGUCAGUCAACUUUCCAGGAGGAGCUGAACGUCAAUGAUCAGAUUGUCCACUCCUACCAGCAGAUCAGCUGUUUGGACAGUGUCAUGAGGUACCUGGAGGGCUGUAACGUUCCCAUUACCAUGAAGAGGAAGUGCCAGUCGUCUUCUAACACCACGUCCUCUAACUCGGAUGAGGACAGACCGAAGGGAUCCAACAACAUGGAGUUGUCUGAAGAACCAGCCUUGUUGAAGGAUCAGUCUGCGAGUUCCACUUUGGAUGAUCAAGACAAAAAGUCCAGUGACGCGGCCACUGCAGUAGUCGGCACCUCGCUGCCCCUACCUGUACCUAACAAACCAGAAAGUGUGGUGUCCAUAACCAGCCAGUGUAGCUACAGUAGCACCAUAGUGCAUGUUGGGGACAAGAAGCCUCAACCGGAGUCAGAGAUCAUAGAGGAUGUACCAGGAACAGAGACGGCAGAAUCCUGCCAGAACACUGGGGCUCCUCCUCGUGAUGUUUCUCCUCCCAGUCAGGAGAGGGAGGCCUACAAGAAACUGGGGUUAACCAAGCAGGUUUUGGCAGCCCAUACGCAGAAGGAGGAGCAGUCCUUCCUGCGUCAGCUUCGUAAACUCACAACGCUCAAAGAAAACUGCUCUCAGUACCUGGAGCGCCAAAGAGAACAGACCACCAGCGACGCCGCACCCGCUGCUCGAUCUUACAAGCAGGCUGGACAGGCCGCAAAGCCCAUCACACGGCGAGGCACGCGGAAUAAGAAGACCAAGUUGAAGCGAAUGAAGCAGACCGAGUCCUCGGACAGCACAGGGUCCCAUCACAGACAACAACAGCUGCGGCCACCUCUUCUAAACCAUGGACUCAACCCGACCUCCUGGUCUCCCUCUGAGACCUCACAGUCCACUUUUCCCAUGGCCUACCCUACCAUGAUGCCAGGCUACCCCCUCCAGGGUUACCCCAGAGCCAGCUCUAUAGCGACCCACACGGAAGCCACUCUUGCAAGUUUUGGGGACAACCACGGGUCCCAAGCCCCUCCCUACCCCCCAUCCAUCCAUCCUGUUUCCUACGUGGCCCCCAUGGUCCCCCCCAUCACCCCCAUCGUGGCUCUAGUGCUGCCCAACUACAUGUACUCUCCAAUUGCCCCCGGGCCUCCACCACCACUGCCAAUGUACCACGCAGAGACUGGGGGCUUCCCCACCCAAACACAGCCUUUCUUUCCGGCUGCCUAUCCAGGCCAGGGCACCUUCACAGCUCAACCUUCCUUCGGUGUUCAGAAUCAGUUCAUCCCCCAGAACCAUUUUGCUCCUCCUGCCGGUUGCAUGACCCCAUCGUUCCACUUCCCUCCACCCUCGGAAAUCCCAAAGGGCCUCGUGGAGACCCUGUCUCGCCCCUCGACACCCCAGUCUGGGUUAGGUGAAGGUCCGGCAUCGCCGCCUCUGUUCCAUUCUGGCUGCAGCUCGCCGCUCAACCUUCUGGAGCUGGAGCUGUCUGCGGACCACCAGGACAAUGCGGUGCUGCCCUCUGGAGGACAAGGGAAUAAUACAGCUGAAAGGGAGAAGGGAUCAAGUGGCAACCAGACCAAGCCAUCUCUCAAUGUUCCUGGUCCGCCUGGACCCUUGUAUUGCGAGGGCACGUCCUGCGUCUGUGGGCGUUUGUCUUGGGAUAAAGUGUGCUCUAGGCUGAGUGCUUACAGCAAAGAGGCGAGCUCGCGUGGCGAUGGGAACAACAGCGACGCCAACUCCUCAUCGAGCGGGAUGUUGGACAUCCUGCUCCAAGAGGACUCUUGCUCAGGCACAGGCUCGGCCACCUCGGGGUCCAUGGGCUCAGGGUCCAAUGGUUGUGGAACAUCAGCCAGCGGCACGUCCAACAGCGGGACAUCUAAGAGCAGGACGUCAGCCAGUGGUGCAUCAGCUAGUGGGACCUCCGGCAGCGGAACAGGAAGCAACAACAGCAGUAAAUACUUUGGCAGUGUGGACUCGUCCCAGAACAGCCGGGAAGUCAAGGGUCACUUGAGCGGCAGCGAUGGACGGCCCGUGGAGAUGGAACAGGGCGAAGACUUCCUCAAGUCUGUACUUCAGGACCCGCUGUGGCUGCUCAUGGCCAACACAGAUGACAAGGUCAUGAAGACCUAUCAGCUGCCCUCGCGUGACAUCGAGAGUGUGCUCAGAGAGGACCGAGAGAAGCUGCGGCUGCUGCAGAAGAGCCAGCCACACUUCUCAGAGGAGCAGAAGAAGGAGCUGCUUGCCGUCCACCCCUGGAUCAAGAAGGGAGGUCUGCCCAAAGCCAUAGACAUCAAGGUAUGCUCCUGCUGUAACAAUAUCUCAGAGGCGGCGACAGCAGCAGCAGCAGCAGCAGCAGCGGCGGUGGAAGAUCCGCCAGACCUGGACAUCACUUAUACGGACACAGGGGACGUCGGAUGCCGGCAGACGCCCAGAGAGGAGCCGUCAAACAACUUUGUCAUUUCCUGCCUUGCCUCUUCACCUGACUCCAGAUCUCAAACACAAUAAACUGCUCGAGAUUUUCAGAGUGACUUUGAUUCUCACAUCAGCCUCUUACUUAAAUGACUAACAAGAGCAACUUUUGAAGACGGACUUACCCUUUGCUCUUCACAGGAAAUUCUUCAUAACUGUCUCUUGUUUUUUUUUUAUGAAUUGUACAGAAGAAACUGCCUCAAAUACUGUAGAAUGUAAAUAUUUGUAGUUUUCAUGAUCUUUUAUUUAAUUUGAAUAUACUUACAAUUUGCACCAAUUUUGGUGCUUGCUGGGUGAGGAAAAACAUGAAUGGGACUCCUGUAUAUGUCUGCAAACUUGUUUCUGGUGUCGCAUACAAACUCAUCAGACAUGUCUGAAGGUUUUCACUACCUCCAUCCUCAACAACAGUGUUGGACGACAUGCUAACUCAUGCUAACUCCUAACUUGAGUAAAAGUGGUAUAAUCACUAUGCAAAAACACUCCAUUAAAAAACACUUCAGACAAAAGUGUUAUCAGCAUAUAUCUGAAUUAUCAGAGGGAGGUAGUGUUUAUGCAGAAAGGCCAUUUUCAGAAUGCGAUAUUGUCUUAUUUAUUGGAUCAGUUUUAUCGAUGCAGUGACAUGUUUGUAGCAUUUUGAAGCUGUUCACUGUCAAGCCUUUAAUUCCCUGUAUUAAAAUAAAUAGUUUAUAUUUUACACUUUAAAACAGUUUGACGUGUGACAGUUUACCAUGUUUGUUGUUGUAUGUCAUGAUGGAGGUGGUGAAAACACGGAGAAGAAAAUGUGCUCACCAGCCCGUUAUAUUUCUUCAAAUUGUACAUUAUGAUAAAUGACAUAUUAUUUAAUACUUGGAGCAGAUUGUUGUGCAGCUUUAAGAUUUCAUUCUUACUGCAUCAGUUUCUCACCAGUGGCAUUUGUGUCAGUGUUCUGCUGUGAUGCAUUCACUGACCUGAAUCCCUUUUCCAUGCUCGUGUGAUUCUUUGUAACAAUCUUUGUCUGAUAAAUAUAUAUAUAUUUUUACAUGCAA